AUGGACCAAGGCGCUGCCCAGACCAACCCGUCGUCGCCAAGGCAAUCUCCAAGUCAAUCCCAAAGCAUCCCGGAUGCUGCCACCAUAUCCCGCAUACAAGCACUGCUCGAAAGCAAGCAAGACACCCAACGCUUCGUCGCCUUGGCUCUUCUCAAGUCCGUCCUCGACAAUUCACCCCAGCUCCGCCAAGAUGCUUCCGUCAUCCAACGCCUGUGGGCAAGCACGUCGCCCAAGUUUCUAGAGAGACUGGUGCGAACGGGCUCCAGAUCUUCCGGGCAAAAUGCCAAAGAAAUGCUCGACCUAGCCAUCUCCGUCCUCCAUACCUUUGCCGCGCUCCUUCCCCAGUCAUCCAUUGCAGAGCCCAAGUUCACCGAUAGGAUACCUGGGCUUGUCAAUGCCGUACUGUAUUGCUCGAAUGACUCAACCACCUCACUCUUGCAACUACUCCACACCCUUGUCAGCAUUCCCGAGGGAGCAAAAUCCUUCAUCCAUGUUGAGGAUCCAAGUCCCUUGGCUGAGAUUGCUCCUAGUCAUGCGCUAGUAUUGGAUAUAUUCCGCUUUGCUUGGCUGAAUGGAAUGGCGGCCGUCGUUGAGAAGCAUCUCUUGGUGAACCAGAUAACCGAUACCAUGCGGUUCCUCGUCUCUUCAUUCAUGGGCACCGACGGCGUGACUUUGCUCGACUUUUUAGGAAGCUUCCUUCGAGACGCCCACCCAGAUAUUUUGCCAUACGAGCCUCAGUGGCUAGAAACAAUUUCCGGUUUUAUCAAAAACUUGGCAGCGAGUCGACCUAACCAACUCGCCAGGUCGGCUUACACCAGUGCAGCCGCUUCCAUGUUGCAAGCGUAUCCAUCCUCGGCCCCGAGAUUGCUCUUUGCCGAUAACAAAGAUGAUGACAAACCAUUCGCCUACCUUUUGGUGGACAUAAUCCUCAUUGACAUUCGAUCAUCUACCCCAACACUCCUCGAGCAACUCAAUCAGCCUGGAUACACAGAGCUAUCUCAAAGAUUAGCUUCAGCCCUUGACGUGAUUGCCAUCUUCAUUGGCUAUCUCGUGCGUUGUUUGGAAGACGACUCCAUAGACACUUUCACCCUGUCACCGCAGAGCUUGCUCAAGCUUCGAAAAAGCAUUUCGGAAACCAUGUCUGGAAUCGCGGAAUAUCUCCGCGACAGAUGGGAUGCUACAUUUGCUGGGGCCAUGGGCCUGCAUCCGGACGCACGGGUUGCAAGCACAGACACGGCAACGGGCUUAUACCGCUCACUGACUUGGGAUUCGAUGACUACGGUUGCCGAUGAGGAUCCUUUGAUUCUGUCAGCCAUUCGAUCGCUUUCCCUCUGGUUGAGGGAAGACGAAAAUGAAAUGCUACAAAAGGAGGCAACCGGUCUAAUGGACGUAUUCAUGGAAUUGUACCGGAGAAGCUCGUCGGAAAGGUUAGACUUUAGACCAGCUGUGCUGGUUGCUUUGGAAGCCCUCAUCACCAUACCGCGAGGCCGAAAGCUGUUUCUUCAGCAUGACGGUUGGGGCGUUUUGAGCCAGGACUUGGGCCAAGUUUUUCAGAAGUCUUUGGGUGGUGACGGUGACGCCGACGCCGACGCCGAUGCCGACGCUUCUCGGGGUGUUGAAAUCGUUCGCGUCUUGCUCACGGUUGCUGAAGAGGAGGCAUCAGACACGCCAGAGGAGUGGAUGGAUAGCGUUACCGCGAUGGCCCGAUGGGAUACUCCUGCUUUGGUCUCGUCGGCCAAAUUCCAGGAGCUUCAGAUAGCUUUUUUGCAAUUGUGCUGUGCUCUUUUACACGGCGCAACCAGCGGCAUGAGAUCCAGACACAGGCAUUCCAUCCGCACGAUUCAAGACGUUGCCAAUCAGAUGACAGAAAAUACCUGCAAAAAGGACAAGGCGUUGGCCGACGCCCUGGACGAGGUCCGGGUUUCGCUCGACAGAUUUUGCGGAGAACCUACAGCCGGUUCAGGAUGA